GCCACUUGGUCCAUUUCUCUUCUCUCUUCUUUAGUCCUUCUUCUUCAAUUUUCUUCCCUCCCUCUUUUUAAGUUUUGCCUUUCCUCUCUCUUUCUCUCCUACUUUCUCACACUUACACAAAGAUUUGCUCUCUAAGGAGGGAAAAAAUGGCACCUUUCAUUUACCACUCUCUAUUUCUUCUCCUUCUCCAAUAUCCCCUCCUAUCCCUCUCAACCAACUCCGAAGGGAAUGCUCUGCAUACUUUGAGAAGCAGGCUUUCUGACCCCAACAACGUGCUGCAGAGUUGGGACCCAACUCUGGUUAAUCCAUGUACUUGGUUCCAUGUUACCUGUGACUCCAACAAUCAUGUGAUUCGCUUUGACUUGGGCAAUUCUAACGUUUCUGGAUCUCUGGGCCCAGAACUUGGCCAGCUACACCAUCUGCAGUACCUGGAGCUCUAUAUGAAUGACUUAAGAGGAAAGAUUCCUGAGGAACUUGGUAACUUGAAACACCUUAUUAGCAUGGAUUUGUAUGGUAACAAGUUGGAGGGGAAAAUCCCAAAGUCAUUUGGCAAGUUGAAGUCACUUAAAUUCCUACGGCUGAAUAGCAACAAAUUGUCAGGAUCAAUCCCAAGAGAACUCACUAGUCUCACUAAUCUCAAAAUCUUUGAUGUUUCUAAUAACGACCUCUGUGGAACAAUACCAGUAGAUGGAAACUUUGGAUCUUUCCCAAUGGAAAGUUUUGAAAACAACAGACUUAAUGGUCCCGAGCUGAAAGGACUUGUUCCAUAUGAUUUUGGAUGCUGAAGAAAGAUAGAACUUGCUUAUGAUCUUGACAGAAUGCAAUGAAUAGGCUAAGUUUAGGUGGGGAGUAUCAGAUGGAUGAUGUAUUUGCACAUCAAUAGUUCUUCACCGUUCGUACACUUUUUCUUGAUUGGGGAAAUAAAAAAAUAUUAUUUUCGAACUUGUGUUUUUCUUGUUUUAUUAUAAGACGUGGUGGAAAAAAGAGAGUAUAUAAAUAACAAUUAUUGGUGUAAUGCUUGAUCAGAAAAUGAAUUAAAAAUGUCACAUUUGCAUGUCGAUUUAUCUAGUAAGAUGAUUGUACCACCUGUCUUGGAUUACAGGU